CGCGGUGUCCCGCACAGCACAAGCAAACGGUUGUCGUUUUCAGCACGGGACAGAUCCUGCACCCUCUCACUGCAACAUGGCGACAGAGUUUCAUAACCUUCAGGAGCUGAGGCACAGUGCGUCGCUGGUAACAAAGGUGUUUGUGCAGAGAGACUACAGCGAAGGAACCGUCUGCCGCUUCCAGACCAAGUUCCCCUCAGAGCUCGACAACAGGAUUGAGCGAACCUUGCUCGAGGAGACGGUGAAGACCCUGAACUCUUACUAUGUGGAGGCCGAAAAAAUCGGAGGUCAGUCGUACCUGGAAGGAUGUUUGGCUUGUGCAACAGCUUAUAUGGUGUUCCUCUGCAUGGAGACACGCUAUGAGAAGGUGCUGAAGAAGAUAUCAGGGUACAUCCAGGAGCAGAAUGAGAAGAUCUACGCUCCUAGAGGUCUGCUGCUCACAGACCCCAUAGAGAGAGGAAUGAGGGUUCUAGAGAUCAGUGUUUUUGAAGACCGGGGCUCGGGCAGCUCCAGUCCCAGCAGCAGCAUGUCGUCGGCAGGCAGCAGCGCUCGGUGACUGGAGGGGCAGCGCCAGGCUUACGGGUACCACCACAGGGGCAGCGGGACUCUUACCAACAUCCGCAUGCUGAAACAUGAGAGCACCAGGUUCUAAGACGAGUGGAGAGCGAAAAAGGCGAGGAGGUGAUCCACAGCAUUCACACUCUCCCUGCUGGGGCCUACGAUGUACCACCACGAGAACAGGAGCUGGCUUACACAAACACACUGGAUAACAGAAUAAACACAAGUGCAACAGAACCCACACAGCUAGCAGACACACGCACAAGCCAACAUCCAGAGUGUCUGUGAGGGAAUGUCUUUCAUUCUCCAACAGCUAUCCAAACCAAAAUCUUUUGUUCCAAUUUUUCCUUUCACCUUCCCUCUCAUUCCAUCACGUCUGUUCCAUGAGUCACACCAUCUCUGUCGUACAGCUGAUUCAGCGGGCUUACCCUUGAUUAGACUGGAUGUCAGUGCUUGAUUGUUUCCAGGGGGGUCACUGUCACUAUGUCUAUCUGCUGAUGCAUUGGCAGUGUAGUCUGAGGUCUGUGCAGCAGCUCUGAAAUCUGGACGGAGGAAAACUACCAGCCUCUUGGGAGACCCAAUGUUCUCCGGUCUCGCUGAAUGAUUGCAUUCAUGUCAGGUGGUUGGGGUCAAGCCGCUUUGAAUGCUGGCAAAUUGGGCCUGCUGUGGGACCACUCUGCUCUGUGCUCUGUUCACAUGCAUUUGGCUUCAAUAUCAAACAGCUAACAGAGAGCACCUUGGAUUAUUUAUCCUUCUCAUUCACAGCAGUGGAUACUAGUGAUCCACAUCACAGCUGCAGGUCACACUCCUACGCAUACACACACACACACACACACACGCAUACAAAUGUACACAACUGUGCCCAAGUACUCGUACAGACACUAGUGAGGGGACAUGCACGCACAUGCAUACUGUAUACACAUAACUGUGGCUAGUGGCCGUGCGUUCCUGCACACAAAAUCCUGGCAGACGUGGAGUUGGAGUCGAUCCUACAGACAAUAUUCUCUGUGGUCUCAGCUCAUUGGGAACGCAAGCAAACCCAGGCAGGCCCUGUAAGACUGCGCUAGUUUCCCUGGUAGUGUGUACAUGUAUCUGGCGUGUUGUGCACAGAGUGUCUGCAGGUCCUUAAA